GGGCAGAGCUUCCUUUCUAUUUAAACCAGGUUCCAGGUGAAGUUCUCUCAUCAACAGGAUCAUACAGCAACCAUGAGGUCUCUUGUCUUCGUUCUGCUCAUCGGAGCUGCUUUUGCCUUGGAGGACGACAAGAUCGUCGGAGGGUAUGAGUGCACGCCUCAUUCCCAGGCCCAUCAGGUGUCUCUGAACUCUGGCUACCACUUCUGUGGAGGCUCCCUGGUCAACGAGAACUGGGUUGUGUCUGCUGCUCACUGCUACAAGUCCCGCGUGGAGGUGCGUAUGGGCGAGCACAACCUCAGGGUCAAUGAGGGAACCGAGCAGUUCAUCAGCUCCGCCCGUGUCAUCCGUCACCCCAACUACAGCUCCUACAACAUCAACAACGACAUCAUGCUCAUCAAGCUGAGCAAGCCCGCCACCCUCAACCAGAAUGUGAAGGCUGUGGCUCUGCCCACCAGCUGUGCCCCCGCUGGCACCAUGUGCACCGUCUCUGGAUGGGGAGACACCAUGAGCUCCACCGACAGUAACAGGCUGCAGUGCCUGGAUCUCCCCAUCCUGUCUUUCAGGGACUGUGAUAACUCCUACCCUGGCAUGAUCACCGAUGCCAUGUUCUGCGCUGGAUACCUGGAGGGAGGAAAGGACUCUUGCCAGGGUGACUCCGGUGGCCCCGUCGUGUGCAACGGUGAGCUGCAGGGUGUUGUGUCCUGGGGCUACGGAUGUGCUGAGAGGGGUAAUCCUGGUGUCUACGCCAAGGUCUGCCUCUUCAACGACUGGCUGACCAGCACCAUGAGCAGCUAUUAAAUCUGAUCUGUGAUCGUACUCCGCUGCCUUUCUUCCAUCGUUCUAACUCCAUCAUUGAUGUAUAUUUUUGAAAAAUGUGCCGCAUUUGAGCAUCUGAAUCAAUAAAGUCCUAAAAAUCGACUUUCAAAUAAUGUUCCUUUAUAUUUCUUUCCACAUCAUGGUGCACAAUAUUUUAAAAUGUGCUCGGAUCAGAUCUUUAACUGUUCACGUCUUCAAGGAAAUUCGGUAAAAAGAAGGUUUAUCUUGGAUCCAACACAACUACUGUAUGUUGACAAAUAAAAUGUUCAAGUCACAAACUUUGUCAUGACACAACUCUCUUAGACAGUUUGAUUCAUGUAACAGUUUAGAAUGAAACACUAAAUAAAUAAGUUAAUAAUAAGA